CUUCAUGCGGUUGAUUUCUUCAGUCAAAUCAUUCCGUGAUCUCACCCUGUGCGCCCUUCGGAGACCCCUCAUCCGCACUCUUCGGGAAAUCCGGGCCAUCAACGUUCCCUAUCAACAACACUUUCGUUCUCUCACUUCACAAAUUCAAGAACCAAUAGACAUGGCGACCAAGGAGGGGAAGUCAAACAAGUUGAGCUUUCAGCUCAAGACACCUAAAGGCACAAGAGAUUGGAUUGGUGUCGAUAUGAUUAUCCGUGAAUCGAUCUUCAGCGCCAUCACGGAAGUGUUCAAGCGACACGGCGGUACGCAACUAGACACACCCGUAUUCGAAUUAAAGGAGAUCCUGGCUGGCAAAUAUGGCGAGGACUCUCGUCUUAUCUAUGACCUUGCCGACCAAGGUGGAGAGGACAGCGCCCUUCGCUACGACUUGACGGUGCCGCUUGCACGAUGGCUCGCCAUGAACACCUCAGUGCAACACAUUAAGCGGUUUCAAAUAGCUAAGGUGUACCGACGAGAUCAGCCGGCAGUUGCGAAAGGGCGGAUGCGCGAGUUCUACCAAUGCGACUUUGAUAUCGCUGGUUCCUACGACCCUAUGAUCCCAGAUGCUGAGGUCCUCCGAAUUGUAGUAGAGGUUUUUGAGGCGCUCAACAUGCGCGACUAUAUCACGAUUAAGCUUAACCACCGAAAGAUUCUUGAUGGGUUGUUUGGAGCGUGUGGUGUUCCUGGGGAUAAGAUUCGUUCAAUAAGUUCUGCGGUUGACAAGCUUGAUAAGCUCCCAUGGGAGCAAGUCAAAUUAGAGAUGGAAGAGAAGGGGUUGGCACCAGAAGUCGCGGACAAGGUUGGGCAGUAUGUGAAGCUGAGCGGUGGCCGUGAUAUUCUGGACACCAUUAGAUCCGACGAUCUACUAAGCACCAAUGAGAACGUUAUGAAGGGCGUUGAGGACAUGGAGCUUCUUUUCAAAUAUCUCGAGGCUUUCGACGUUUUAGAUAAGAUCUCCUUCGACCUCUCCCUUGCCCGAGGCUUGGAUUACUAUACCGGUCUCAUUUACGAAGUUGUUACACCACUGUCCUCCGCAGAAGGGUUCGCUCAGUCCCAGAAAAAGUCAAAAUCGAAAUCAAACGGAGAGGACCAGAACAUUGGCGUUGGCAGUAUUGCUGCAGGUGGACGCUAUGACGACCUGGUUAACAUGUUUGCCAAGAAGCGUCAAAUCCCCUGUGUUGGUAUCUCGUUCGGUGUCGAUCGAAUCUUCACAAUCAUGAAGCAGCGCCUUGAGAACGAGGCCAAAGAGGGCAAUGCCUCCAUGCGCGCCAGCGAAGUGGAUGUCUUCGUCAUGGCUUUCGGUGGUAAGGGCUUCAAUGGCCUUCUCCUCGAGCGCAUGUCUGUUGCCAAUCAGCUAUGGAAGGCAGGCAUCAAGGCUGAAUUCGCCCAGACUGUUAAGCCGAAGCUGCCGCAACAAUUCAAGCUGGCUGAAGCCGGUGGUAUUCCGCUUGCUGUCAUUCUUGGGGAGGACGAGUUAGCAGCGGGCAAGGUCAAGCUAAAGGAACUUGGACUGCCCGAAGGCCACCCAGAAAAAGACGGCACUUUAAUCUCACGAGAGGAUCUUGUGGAAGAGAUCAAGAAGAAGCUAAACAAAAUUUCCUUACCAAUUCGCUAGGUGGCGCGUAUCCCGAUAUUAACCGGGAGACAUCAAUCGGGCAGCUGGCUAUCCUGAUAGGACAAAAAAAUAGACUAGAUAUCCAAUCGUCAUAAGCAUUAUCUCAUUUUACUUUGGCUGCUA